AUCAUUGCAGAUUAAAUCCCACCCACUGCUUUGACAUGUGACUUGGACAGGUUUCUGAAAAUGCACAUAGGAGACUUCAACCUGCUGUUUAAAAGCACUUUCAGACGUGUCCCCUUAAAACUGAAAACAUAAGAUUUGUGCAGGUUUAUUGUUAAUAACACACUGAACAUUAUGUCAGCGGAUGUUUUCACAGAUACAGAUGCUUUUUUCCUACUUCUGGAGGUCAUCGUGGUUGGAUAGCUCUACUACAUUUUGCCGUUUGUUGCUGACAACAACCUCCUGGAAAGUGCAUUACUCAUAUAUCUCAGACCACCACAACCAUCUCUCAACAUCCUCUGAACAUUCACUUCCUGGAAACUAUUUCUUCUGUGGGUUUUGGCCAGGUUAGGCUGAUAGGGUAUAUACCAAACAUACUGUCAUACAGGGAGAUGUGAGCUUUCAUUACUAUUUAAGUGAUGUUUGUAGCCCCGGUAGCAUUCAUUUACAAUUACAGAGUUAAAGUGAGGAAAUAAAACAGCAGAUGCAGACAUUGACUAAAGGUGGGAUGGAGAAUCUAUUUCGACGUGUCAGGACCUUGUCUCUGUUGUGUUGCAUAGUCUGUAUUUCCUCAGCAGAAGAAAGACACUCACUCUCUAAGGUAGUGGGCAGUUCAGUCAAGCUAUACUGUAAUAAUGAGUCUCUCAACACACUUAAACAAGUAACAUGGAAAAGGAAUGGGGAGCCCCUGCUCAGCUUUGAACCACAGAGUCCCAUUCACCAGUUUCCAGAAGCUUUAAGUCUGAACAUAAGUAUGUCUGAGUCCGAAAAUGAACUCUAUGCACUGAUCAUUGAGAGUGUCCGAAUGGAACAUGAAGGAAACUACACCUGUGAUAUCAUUUCACCGUCAGGAGUUUGGAAAAAGGAGUGGGAGCUGAUAAUUACAGAGAAUCAACAAGCUGGAAAACUGGAUAUGAGGAUAAUGAUUCCGGUUUUUUGCACUUGUAGCCUGGCUUUUAUGAUGAUUUUGAUCUUGAUCAUUGUUCAAAGAGUGUGCAAAAAGCCUCCAGAAAAUACCAUUCAAUCAUCCAUUGCAGAAGAGCAAACAGAAGAUAUUUAUGAAAACUGCCUGGAAAUGAAUGUUAGACCACGACCCAUCUAUAAUAAGCCGCUCCAGUACAGUACGAUGGCACAUUAAUGUGUGUCCAGUAUAUGAAAAAGAGGAAGAGACUGCACAAAUAUAGGACCAGGAAAUGUUGGAACACAAUGAUUUGCAGGAAAUAAAACAGUUAACUGCUAUACUUUCACAUCCUCUUUUUAAAAUUCAUAAUUUAUAACCUUUUUGAUAUUUUUAUUAAACAUGCAUCUCAGUUGUACAUGAGUGGGCUUCUGCUGACACACUCUGCUGCUUCUUGUUUUUCAACCCUCAUAAACAUCACUUUUCACAGAGAAUAAAACACCCCUUAAAACACUCACCGUACAACCUCCUGAGG